GCCAUUUUUACAAUAGGAUUAGACAUUUCUUUACAAAGAUACGAUGCCUAUAAUGAUGGGAACAUUUCAAUGGAAGAGUCCCAGGACAGCAAUGUCAACCGGCUUAUGCCCAGAGAUCCAAAAUACUCUUGGCGUAUGUUUUCGCACUUAAAUGCUGUUUUUUCAGCACACUGUGAAAACAUCGACACUUAAACCUAGUUAUCUGAAGAUUACUUUUGUUUGGCAUAAUUAGCCACAUAUACACCACAUACAUCAUAUUAUGGUCAAGAACUGUAUUAGAUGGGUGCAAGUGUUGCUGUCAGUGGGCAGCGAUGCCGCAUGCUCUUCCCCGCCCCCAUUGCAAUGUUGACCAAAAAAACAGCAUGAACGUUCAACUUCUUAACAACACACACUAAACUAUAGCCAACUGACAACCAGCUUUAGUCCACAAGAACUCCAACAAAAAAAAAUUCUGACCGGGAUAAAGAGGAGUUGACGGGAUGUCAAAAAGUGAGACUGAGGAGAUGAUUGAGAUUGAGAUUGAUGGACCGGAGAAACAGGAGCGUCUAGAGGAGGGAAUUGAGGAACAAACCAUCACAGCAGCUGAAUUGAUUACGCAAGACAUUGACAUCAAUGAGCCGAUUGGUAACCUGAAGAAGUUACUGGAGCCUCGUCUCCAGGUGUCAUUAGAUGGCUAUGACAUCUGUCUUCAGGACAUCCUUUUGCAUCCUGAUCACAGCUUGUUCGAUCAAGGAGUGAAGACGGAUGGUACAGUACAGCUCAGUGUGCAGAUUGUCACAAAACAAGGUGAAGAGAAAUUGAACAUCCUAGAGAUAGUGAAACCAGUGGAGACUGUGGAGGUGGUGAUCGAUCCAGAUGCAGCUGGAGGGGAGGAAGACCAUCUUGUGGAGGACGAACAAGUGAUCGCAGUGGAGCGAGCUGCCAUUCCAGAUGAGACUUCAGAACAGGUGACCCGCUGGGCGGCCGCAUUGGAAGGGUACCGUAAGGAGCAGGUCCGACUGAAUAUUCCCUAUGACCCGGUGCAGUGGACGGCUGAUCAGGUGAUCCACUGGGCAGUUUGGGUGAUGAAGGAGUUCGGCAUUGAGGAAAUGGAGGUGGGGGGCAUUCACAUUCCCGGUCGCCAGCUCUGUGGUUUCAGCCAGGAGGAGUUCCUUCAGAGAGUGCCCAGCGGAGAGAUCCUAUGGAGCCACCUGGAGCUUCUACGCAAGUAUGUACUUGCGAGUCAGGAUCAGGGUCAAGAAGCUACAGUCACCAUUGAUCAACCUAUGCAGAUCAUUCCUGCUCCAGUGCAGCAGGCCACACCCACAGCAAUUAAAGUGCUUAAGCACAACAAAACACCCCGAGCCCCCCGUAUCUCAGGAGAGGAGCGCAGCUCCCCUGGCAACCGCACAGGUAAUAAUGGUCAGAUCCAGCUUUGGCAGUUUCUCUUGGAGCUUCUAACGGAUAAGGACUCACGGGACUGCAUUUCAUGGGUGGGAGAGGAGGGCGAGUUUAAACUCAAUCAGCCCGAGCUGGUUGCUCAGAAAUGGGGCCAGCGCAAGAACAAGCCCACAAUGAACUAUGAGAAGCUAAGCAGAGCUCUCAGGUACUACUAUGAUGGAGACAUGAUCAGCAAAGUACAGGGCAAGCGCUUUGUCUACAAGUUUGUGUGCGACCUCAGGACUCUGAUUGGAUACAAUGCUGCAGAGCUCAACAACCUGGUGACGGAGUGUGAACAGAAGAAACUCGCCCGGGUUCAGCUGCACGGGCUCGGCCAGUCCGUCAACACGGUUACACUGGCCACUGCCACAGGGCAGCCCGUCACCACUGUCACUUUGGCUGCAGCGGCUUUAGAGAAAGAUAGUUGAGUGUGUGUGGUUCGUUACUCUCAGCCAAUCAGGAAAUGAGGUUGAGAUGAGAGGAAAAUGGGUUUAAGAUUUGACUUUGCGUACAAACCCGCUGUCUCCCACCCGGCCCAGAGUGUGUAUGUAGGUUUGCGUGUCCUUAAAAAUGCUUAGAUGGAAUGUGUGUGAGUGAAAGAGAGAAAGUAUAGAUGAUCACGUGUGAGCUUUCAGUUUUUGUAUGCUUGUUCUCUGACUGCUGGGUAUCAUCGGCUAUAUUUCCAUUGUAUAUACUCUGUUUUUGAUAGCCAUGUGGGCAGUGUAUUUUGAUAUUUUCCAUUUGUAAAGGAUCUUUUAUUUUUGAGUGUCCAAUUCCCUCAAGGUGAGGUACUUUUUACCCUCCACUUGAGGGCAAUAAAGAGUCAGUUGUUU